UUUUCUCUUGCACCCGAGUUACGCUGCCUUUUCUAGUGGCGGAAUGAGAUGACGUCACCCAAUUGUGGACCGGAGAUUUUAGGGUAUCUGUAUAGAGUGGGAUAAAUGUACACAUUAGGUAAUAUAUGCCCUAAUGUCGUGGCUUAAAAGCGUGUCACACAGCGGAGACGAUGUGUUUGAUGAAGAGGCAGAUGAAAUGUUGGUUUCCCAGCGAGAAUGGGGGAGUACCAUGGACAAACGGGUGAAAGUAAGUAAUCUGUCAGUGAGUUAUUGUGGCAGGAUGUAUGAGCAGAAAAGCUCAUUCGAUUACUUGCACCAUCUUUUACGGAAAAUAUCGUCAUGCGCUACGAAAUUCAAGGAAUUUAUGAAUGAUUUUAUUUUGGAACGUCCGAAGCCUAGAGUGAUGUGGGAAAGAGUGAUGUUGAAUAAGGAGCAUGGUGGACUGGGAGUGCUGGAUAAAGAAAGGUAUAUGGUACAGAUUGUAGAGAGAGAAAAAGCCAGUGUAAAUGGUCAAUAUGCUGAAAACAACACUGUAGCAAAUAUAAUUCUGUAUUUUUUAUUCAUUGACAGUGCCUUGCAGACCUGGUGCCAGAUACAUGAGCAGUACAGAGAGCAUCUACAGAAAAUACAGAGUCUUUGGGAUCAGGUAGUCCAUCAUGAGAAACACAUGCUUGAAACUGUGAGAGUAGGCCAUAAGCCAACCCACCUAGGAGAUUUGGCAGACUCUGUUGAGGAUAUGGACAUUGGUGAAAAAAGCUUCAGGCAGCAUGAAAACAGAAGCAGAGAUGGUGCUGGGGAAAUGAAGGAGGACUGUCUGAAGAAUCCAGACAUUGUCAGUUGCAAAGAACAAGAGAGCAUUUGUGUGAGAUCCUCAAGUUCAAAUAUGACCACAUACACUAUUGAACAGUUAUUGCAAAAAACAUCUCAUUUAGUGAAGGAACUGGAUUUACCAGUAGAACUGACAGAGUACAUUUCACAUUUAGAACAUUAAUUCACAAAAUCUGGAUAACUGAUCUACUGAAGUGUGUGUCCAGAAAAUAUGACUUUUUUUACAGUGUUAAAGUUUUUCUGUUCUACACUUUACACGCGUUUCAUUUGGAUUAUGUAGUAAAACACUACAGCAGAA